AUGGCCGACGAUCUUGAUGUUGAGCAACUACGACGUCGAGAGCUUGCUGACGAGAAUCAACUCGCGGGGAAUAAACUCAGAGAUAGCUGCAUUUCAGGCAAAGUGAGAAUCCUUUGCGCUGGCAGCGGCGCUGUAGGCUGGGGACGACAAAUAGCUGUGGAAAACCCCCUCUCGAUGGUGGUGAUCCUAGGAAAGGAGCCAUUUUCUUCAUACUUACCGCGAAACUGCACGGUGGAGGAGGGAGACAUCAUCGAUUACCCUCGCAAAGGCUGGGACUACGUCUUCAUUCGAAAUUACCGAAUCGUCGCCAAUUGGACCCAGUACUUCAGCCAUCUUCACAGUAUUACGAAACCUGGUGGACAAAUUGAGCUUGUUGACGUGGACAACGCAUCAAAAGCUAUUUGCACGUGUGCGCAGCAACCGACGGAUUGGACCACAGCCAAAUCAAUGAAAUGUAGCACAUGCUUGAGAUAUCCUUCAGUCCAGACUCGUCGCAAUAUGCUUGGAGCUUCUGGUUUCUCUGAUUUGGCUGUUGUGUAUCACAACCGCCCGCGGAUGGCGCAGAGAAAGGCGGUGGUUUCUAGUGUAGCUAUUAUGGGCAAGGCUUAUCAUGGGGCGGGCAUUGAUUCUUAG